AUACCUGUCAAAAAUGAAGUCAAAUAUCUUGGAAUUUGGCUAACUAAAUGCAUGGCUGAUAGCGAAGAAAAGAAUAUUCAGAAUACAAUUGACAAAUGCAAAAAAACUCUAAACCAUUGGCUACAGAGAGAUUUAACUUUGUUCGGCAGGAUAAUGUUGACCAAGGUUGAAUCUUUGUCCAGAUUAAUCUAUCCAGCUUAUUCCCUAGCCAUCCCACCAAGAAUUAUAAAAGACAUCAAUAAGCUGAAUUUUAAUUUCAUAUGGAAAAAUAAACCUCAUUAUAUCAGUAACAGGGACUUGAUAAAAGACUAUGAAGAGGGGGGUUUGAAAGCAAUCGAUUUUGAAAUAAUGAAUGGCAUCUUAAAGAUUAAUUGGCUCCGAUCCUUCUUAAAAAAUGAUAAUGACAUCUGGUUCUUGAUACCAUCUCUUAUUUUCAACAAAGUUGGGGGGAUCCAAUUCCUUUUAGUAUGUGAUUUUGAAAUUUCUAAACUGCCCAUAAAACUCUCCAAAUUUCAUCAACAAGUUUUGUUAAAUUGGAAAUUAAUGUUUAAACAUAACUUUAGUCCCCACAACGUUCCAUUGUGGAAUAAUAGGGUGAUAUUGAAUCGGGGGAAAUCUAUGUUUGUGGAAGAAUGGAUGACAAAACAAAUUUGGUCUGUGACACAUAUAAUGGAUGAAAAUGGAGAUAUACCUGAAUUAAACAGGUUUAAUGAGAAAUAUGACACGAGUUGCUCGUUCGAGCUCUACAAAAAGGUUUCACAGAAUAUCCCAAUAGUCCUUGUCAAUACGAUAAAGAAUAAUUUUUCAAAUAUACCGACUUCAAAUUUACAUAAAAUUAAAUUAGAUGGUCUUGACUUGGUUAAUGAAAAAUGCAAUAAUCAGUUUUUGAGGAGGUAUUUGGUUAACAUCUUAUAUCCAGGUAGGACAAAACAUUCACUCAUCUUUAAAGAUUAUAACAAAUCUGAGAUCUCGUUGAUCAGAACCAAAUAUUUAAAAUUUCCAAUUCCCCCCAAAUUUAAAGAAGUCCAUUUUAGAACUACAAAAAAUAUUUACCCCUCCAAUGAAUUUAUGAGAGACAGAUUUAAAUUUGUGUUAGACAACUGUUAUAUUUGUAAAACAACUUCGGAAACAACAGAGCACAUGUUUUAUGGGUGUGUGACAAUCCAGAACUUAUGGAAAUCCCUCCAUGUCCUAAUAUUGUCCCAGUAUGGAAAUAUUGAUUUUUGGUCUUUUCAAAAUAUUCAAAUUGGAGUAAUCCUUAAGGACAAAAAUAGUGAGUUUUUAGUUAACAAUCUCAUUAUUAUAACAAAGUAUUACAUUCAUAAAUGCCGAUAUGCUAAAUCCCCCCCUUCAUGGUCUGCUCUUAAAAACGAACUCUCCCUGUUCCGUAAAUCUCUUAAGCCAAUAAAUAAGCCCCAAGCAAUCAAAUUGCAUAGAUUUUUAGAAGAGUUUGAUUUUUCUUAGCCCCUUAUUUAGGUUUUGUGUCUUGUUUAUGGAACCUCACUUUUAGAGAUUUUAUGAUCCCCCUUGUCUCCUUUAUUUUUGUUCCUUGUUUUUC